AUGCUCUUUGUCAACUGUGUCACUUAUUGUUCAGGGAAAGAAAUACUGGCUGCAGGUACCAGCUGUGGUCGCAUAGCAAUGUGGAAAAUGGUGUUUCAGUCAGGCAGCACCAAGUCAGACACUAAAAUCCAGUGGAAGUUACAAGCUCCUACUGAAAUACAAGGCAAUGUCACACAACUAGAGUGGAAUCCCAACUUAAAUCUUUUAGCUGCUAACAAUUCCUACACUGCCCUGACCCUGUCUGAACAUGUUCUGUCAGCCCACUUCAACCAGCAGGUGGCAGCCGUUCAGGUUUCACCGACUCAGCUCAGUGUCUCUCGGUUCUCCAGAGAGAUGCACUUGGCUCUGCAGUCAGACUCACAUAUCAAGGGUGUCUGUGGUACAAAGGAGUCAUUGAUAGUCUGGAGUGGCAAGCAGAUUACUGUUUAUGACAUUUCAGAAACAGCCUUACGCACUUCUGGGUCAUUUACUUGUGACUCCCAUGUAGUAGCCGUACAUGGAGAGAAUCUAUACACUGUAGAACCCAGUAGAGUCCAGAUCCGUACACCCCAGGGCACGGUGAAGCAAUUACUAACAUUUUCAAAAACCGAAGGAAACCCAGUACUGCUCAGUGUGUGCCAGUCAUAUCUAAUAGUUGGCACAGACACUGCUCACAUAAGAGUGUUUGAUCUCUCCCGGAGAGAUGCCAGAGCUCAUUCAAGUGCCAAGAACCUGGCUGAGUUUAUUCCCAAUCUGGGAGACUUGAGUUCAGUUAAGUGUAACGCAAAUGGCAGCCAAGUCAGCAUCCUUAUUACACGGGAAAACGGAAAGCCAGACCACAAAGUCUACUUUUACGAUGUUGAGAUGGACACCAUUACACACUUUGACUUCUUUAGUGGAAGACCCUCAAGUGGUAUCACACCAUCUGAAGAUGGUGACAGGCAUCAGUUAGAAGGGACAGAGCUCAGUGGCCGCUGUCCCAUUUCUCAUUUCUGGGAUGAAAGUGAGCCUCGUCUUUUCGUUUGUGAGACUGUGCCGGUCAGCUCUGAGAGUUCAUCACCUGUUCCUGUCGAUGGGGCUGAUGUUUCCGUGGUGACACUGUUCUGCACUCAGGAACAUGGCCUUCUAUUACACGACUGCUACCUCAAACCAGCGGUUCUGCAGUCUCUCCUUGCAAUGGAUGUGCCGUAUUAUUACUUCAUCUGCAAGCCUGGGGAGAGGGAUCCAUCAUGCCAAUCUGAAGCCAUAUCUCCACACCUUCACCUGUCUCCCAAAAGUCCCAUUGCUCCAAAGAUGGUGUCAAGACGAGCACUUCGAGACUUUGUGGGGCUGGAGAACUGUGAGAAAACUACCCGAGACGCUAUGUUAAAUUUCAGCUUUUACUUGACCAUUGGGGAUAUGGAUGAAGCCUUUAAGUCUAUCAAACUAAUUAAAAGUGCAGCAGUAUGGGAAAACAUGGCGCGGAUGUGUGUAAAAACCCGGCGCUUGGAUGUGGCACGGGUUUGCCUCGGGAAUAUGGGAAAUCCCAGAGCAGCGAAAGCUUUGAAGGAGGCUGAGGUCGAGCCAGAGGCUGAAGCACAAGUUGCAAUGUUAGCCAUUCAGCUUGGCAUGUUGGAAGACGCUGAGAAGUUGUACAAGUCCUGUCAGCGAUAUGACCUGCUCAACAACUUCUACCAGGCCUCAGGAGACUGGCUGAAAGCUCUGGAACUAGCAGAAACGCAUGAUCGCAUCCACCUGCGUACCACCUACUACAACUAUGCAAAAUACCUGGAAAGUUUAGGGAAGAAAGCACAGGCCAUCACAUUCUUUGAGAAAUCCGAGAGCCACAGGGUUGAAGUACCAAGAAUGCUUCAAGACGACACAUCCUCUCUAGAAAUAUAUGUGAACAAAAUGAGAGACAAGAAUGUGUACAAAUGGUGGGCACAGUAUCUUGAGAGCCAGUCGGACAUGGAUGCAGCACUACGCUACUAUGAGUUGGCUCAGGAUUACCUCUCUCUUGUUCGAGUUUUCUGCUACAUGGGAAAUAUUCAGAAAGCGUCUGAGAUUGCCAACGACACAGGGGAUAGGGCAGCAUCCUACCACCUGGCCCGGCACUAUGAGGGACAUGACGAUAUCAAACAGGCUGUUCACUUCUACACACGAGCUCAGGCGUACAACAAUGCCAUACGGCUUUGUAAGGAGAACAGUCUGGACGACCAGCUGAUGAACCUAGCUCUCCUCAGUAACCCAGAGGAUAUGAUGGAGGCUGCCCGUUACUAUGAGGAGAAAGGGACACAUAUGGACCGAGCAGUGGCUCUUUACCACAAGGCUGGUUAUGUGUCAAAAGCCCUGGAGCUGGCCUUUGCCACAGAACAGUUCUCUGCUCUGCAGCUCAUUGCAGAGGGUCUGAAAGAGGGCUCAGACCCCGCGCUGCUGGCACGCUGCUCUGACUUCUUUAUUACACAUGCCCAUUAUGAAAAGGCUGUGGAGCUAUUGGUAGCAGCUAAGAAGUAUCAGGAGGCACUGGAGCUGUGUGUGAGCCAGAACCUGGACGUCUCAGAGGAGCUAGCAGAGAAGAUGACUGUGACCGAGUCAAAAGACAUGUCUGAGGAGGCCAGGAAGGAGCUGCUGGAGAGGAUAGCAGACUGCUGUAUGCGACAGGGCAACUACCACCUAGCAACCAAAAAGUACACGCAAGCAGGGAAUAAGCUAAAGGCUAUGAGGGCUCUUCUCAAAUCUGGUGACACAGAGAAAAUCGUAUUCUUUGCCAAUGUUUGUCGUCAAAAAGACCUUUUUAUUUUGGCCGCAAACUAUCUUCAGUCUCUGGACUGGCGCACAGAUCCGGAAAUUCUCAAAACUAUCAUUGGUUUCUACACUAAAGGCAGAGCGCCAGAGCUGUUAGCGGGCUUCUAUGAAGCCUGUGCACAGGUGGAAAUAGACGAUUACCAAAACUAUGAAAAAGCACUUGAUGCUCUGACUGAGGCCUAUAAGUGCCUUUCAAAAGCGAAGGAUACUUCUGGGAAACAGGAAGUCAAACUGUCAAACAUGCAACACAAAAUCACUUUAAUCAAGAAGUUUGUCCAUGUGCGCAGGUUGUAUGUGGAGAACGCUGCAGAGGCUGUGCGUGUUUGUGAAGCCCUGUUAGAAGAGCCGGACUUAGACCCAGCUGUCAGAGUGGGGGAUGCUUUUGGUUUCUUGGUGGAUCACUACUGUCAGCAGGGCCAGUACCAAGUGGGAUACCGCAGGUUAGAAGAGUUACAAAAACUGUUGCCGUCCCAAAACCUGCGGUACUACAUCAACCCAACCAGUCUGGAGGCCCUGCAGAGAGAGAUGGGCGUGAUCCUAGACCACUCAGAACAGAAAGUGAUCAUGAAAGAUGACGACGAGGUCAUGGAAGAGUUAAAUGAAUCUCACUCAUGA